AUGACAGUCGAUCAACCCAACUUCUUCCUUCAUCAACUCGACUGUAUAGGCAAGGUAUUAUGGCAUUGGCUGAUCUCAAUGGCCGUCAAAAUCACCCCUCUCAGUUGGUGGCCAGAGAAAGAGAUCAAAGGCAAAACAGUACUAGUAACAGGAAGUGGCAGAGGGAUUGGCAAACACUUAGCUCUCGAAUUAGCUAGACGUGGUGCAAAACUAGUACUCUGGUCUCGAUCAACUGGUCCAUUGGAGCAAACUAAAGCUGAAAUCGAAGCUCUGGGUACAGUAGCUCAUGCAUAUACGGUAGAUGUUAGCGAUCAACAACAAGUUCAUGAGACAGCGGAGAAAGUGAAGCAAGAAGUUGGCAAUAUUGACAUUCUGAUCAACAAUGCUGGUAUAUGUUGGGCUCAUUGUACGGCGACAAUGCCGCCAAAUGAGUUGGAGACUUUCAUGAAAACAAACUUCUUUUCAGUUCAUUAUGUUAACCAUGAGUUCGUGCCAGACAUGAUUGAAAGAAACAGUGGACAUGUUGUGGCUAUGUCGAGUGUUAGUGGCAUUAUUAGCAUUCCAUUUCAGGUAGGAUUAUAUUCUUGAUUUAGAUGUGAGAAAAAAUGUUAUUUUUCGUUUUGUAAAGAAAGUUCUUGCGAUUUUAACCGCUGUAAAGCAAGUCUUUGCCAUUUUUGGCUUUGUAAAGAAAGUUUUUGCUAUUUUUUGUUUUGUAAAGAAUGUUUUUGCUAUUUUAUAAUCUGAGACUAAUUUUCAUAAUAAAAGGUGUUUCAGGCCGCUUAUGCAUCUUCAAAACAUGCCAUAAAUUCAUAUAUGGCUUCACUGCAUUCCGAGUUACAAGUUCUUCAAAGCGAUGUCAAAGUUACAGUAUUAGCACCGUAUAUUGUUGAGACCGAAAUGAGCAGCAACUUUCAGGCUUCAACGUAAGGUUUUUUAAUUUGAUAUUAAUGCAACGUAUUUUACUAUAGUGUAAAGUGUAAAAAACUGUUGGUUUGUUUUGUAAACAAAGAUAUUGCUGUUUUUUUGUUUUGUAAACAAAGUUAUUGCUGUUUCUUGUUAUGUGAAGAAAAUUACUGGCAUGUAUCCUAUAGAGAGUUCAUGAUGUUUUUGUUAGUAUACCAUGUGAGGUAUAUUAGUUGUGCGGUGAAGAAACAGAUAAUUUUGCUGAACUAUGUUAGAUUAUGUAAACAGUAAGUCGUGUUAAACAUAAAUUAGUUGUGUCAAAUAUAAAAUACGACAAAAAUACGUAGCAUAAAAUGUGACAAAAUGUCAAAAAUCAGUGUAGCAAAGAGUCAUAGUUGUGUCAUAUGCACGUCAGGUUACUGUAAGUCUCCGGCUGUUAAAUGUGGAAAUUAAACUAAAAUAUCAUACAAAUUCUUUUUUCAAUAUUAUAGUUACAGUACGCCGUUCCUGUUGCCGGAUUUGAAGACUGAUUAUGUUGUACAAAGAUGUGUUCAUGGUAUUCUGACAAACGAAACUGAAGUCAUUCUGGGACGAUUUUGGUACUGGAUUUCAUGGUUUUUGGCGUAGGUUUUCGAUAUUGGUACUAUGAGGACUAUGAUCAUUCUAAAGAUUACUGUAAUAGUAUUAGUUUUAGGCGGGUAGACUUGAAUGAUGACUCACUACGUCUGGUCGGGCUGGCUCAUAUUGGUUCAAGGACUAGGGCCUAAACCAAGGGUGGUCCACGGGACGGAUUGCAACAUUGUGCCUUGCUCUUUUAUAGGCUUAGAGGGGGAGGGGGUGACUUGAGCUAGAAAUGAGAGUGAGGAAGUAAAAAUGAGAAGAGGAGAUGGUUUAGUAUGCUAGCUUUCAAAUUUUGAAUUUUGUUGAUAAUGAGUUCUAUGAGUUUUAGUACCGCUCCAUUUAUGUCAGCCUACCACUUUAUGCGCUUCAUUGGCUUAGACGUGAUUCUACGACAAAUGGUACAAAACCGCAUACCCACAAUCAAUAAUAACAAAGCAAAAGCUGCUUAA